AUGUGUGUAAGGCCCUCGAGCGCGCGGUCCGCACGAGUCGAAAAGGCCACUGUCAAGGCUGCUGCGGGAGGUGGCCCGCGUGUCUCGAUGGCCAUGCGCCCUCGCUCUAGCUCUAACGUAUCUACAGCUUCAAGCAGUUGGUCUCCGACCGGCAUGAAUGUGGCCGCACGCGACACAGUCUCAGGCCGCUGGAUUGAAGACGCAGCUGCACGUACAUGCGCCAAGUGCGAGCGUAACUUCUCGCUCGUUAAUCGCCGCCAUCACUGUCGCGUAUGCGGUGAGAUCUUCUGCCACUCCUGUUCACGUACACGCAUGGUGCUAGCAACGAAUCCAGGUGAAAUUCCACGCCGUCAGCGUGUGUGCGACCCUUGUGCUACCCACGCGCACAGCAGUGCAGUUUUAUACGAGGCUGAAGAUGCUGCGUUGGGGCCGCGGUUCCGCGCCAAAGCGGACAUUGGCGAGACCUCCGUAGUAACAGAGAAAGUGCUGCUGAUGAGAAAAGAGGAAGAUAUUGUGAUGAAGACACAGACCAAGAGCACGGACCCAGAAAGUAGUCUUAAAUUUAUGAUGGCCUCUUCCUUAGGCUUCGCGGCAGCAUUCUGGUUUCUUAAGGAUGAGGUAGCGCUGUCCAACCCCGCUAUUUGGAUACUCUUGGCUGGUUUUAUCAGAAACGUCUACGAGAUCGCAAUAAGAAUUAUGGCUUCUCGAAACUUUACAGAAGGCGUGACGAAUUUGGAAGAUGCCGAAAAGAUCUUUAGCGGUAUGGACUCAAGCGCUUCGGACGACCUAUCCACAUCAAUCGCCCCCUCAACCUCGUCGGAAAAAUCCAAAAAGGAUUUAUAUGCCACAAUAAAGAUCACACCCGCGCUAAGUGACGAGCUCAUUGCCAGCUCGCAAGUUUCCUUAGACAAGGUCUUAGAACUGGCGAAUUCCGACGCGACCACGAACUCGGAAUGGACAGAAGAAAUUCCCACUACAGAAAAUGUGACGGUGUACUCUCGCGAUGGCAAACCGUCUCGCAUUUACAAGUGCGAGGCAGAUAUUGCCCUAUCUCCUGAUGAGCUCUUUGACGAAUUGUAUACGAACCUGGAAACUAGCAAAGUGUGGAAUGUGACCGCAGCUGAGAGCAAUGUGAUUUGCAAACUCGAUGAAACGACUGAUUUGGUACAUUUGAUUUCGGCUCCUGCUCUUGGUGGUGUUAUAUCCAGUCGUGAUUUUGUCAAUACCCGCACGUGGCGACGACAGGAUGGUGGUGGUUAUGUGAUUGCUAACAGCUAUGCUGGAAAGAAUGUCUUAAAGCCGCAAAAGGGUAUCACUCGUGGAGAAAACGGUCCAACGGGCUGGGUUAUCCUGCCGCACCCAACAUCUCCGUUUAAGAGCCGUCUGAUUUGGAUUUUAAACAUGGACAUCAAGGGUUAUUUCCCGUCUAGCGUUAUCCGAAAAGGCUCCAUUGGUGAGGUCUCUUGCUUUGUGCGCAAUCUGCGUCGCUACAUCGCUCAAAACAACGCUAGCGGUGAAUGCGCCCCUGAGUGCGCUCAAAGUGACGUUGCAAAAGUUUAG